GCGGCCGCCAUGGCCGGCCCCGCGCACCCGCGGCAGCAGCCCGGAGCCGUCCUGGCGCAGAUUCAAGGAGACCUUCACAAGCUUAAAAUGCAAAACAUCAGCUUGAAGGGAAAUGCAGAAGCUGUGGAUGUUAGUGACCUCGAAACAGCAACUGAAGGAACUGAAAUCGGGCUGAGAAAACGUGCUGAGAAUUAUUUAAAUGCUAUAAACAGACAAGUUUUAACUGUUGCUUCUGCUGAUAAUAAAGAAGUGCAUUCAAAAGAGCCCCCUAAAUGGAGUUUUGGUGCUUCUCAGAAACAACUGAUUUUUCCACGGGUCCCUGUUGAGCCUGUGACUGUCCAGACAUACAGCAAAUCAGCACUGCGUGUUUCAACCAGUUCCCAGCUGCAGAUUGAAAUGGAUGUGAAAAUUAUGCUUGACCCAGAGCACAUGGAUAAUAAAGCUGUUUUAAACCAGCAGAACUAUGAGACCAGGCUGCCACUUAUAAGUAAGAAAAAAUCUGCUCCUAUGAUAAUGAAAGAUCCUACAGUUAGCAACCAUUGGAGCUUGCCUGCUGCUCGCUGCAUGGAUUCUCCCUUACCCUUCUUAGAAGGUACAACAAAAGAUAUUCUGAGCCUGACCGAGCAAAGGCUUAUCCCUCCAGCAGCAAAGAUAACUCUCCAGACACCUCCUGUUAUAUCUGAAGCAGCACUUUUACACAAAUUUCACAGGCAGCACAAGAAAUCAACUGUAGGUACAAGAGAGAUUACUAGUAGGGUGGACCCUAAGAAUACAGACACCAUCACCCUCCCAAACUCAAAGGAAGCAGUUCAUGGCACAUACUCCUCUAGUAAAGGGAACACUGCACCACUUUCGUCCAGCAGCUCUGUGGUUUCAGCAAGGAAAUCAAAGCCAGUGUGGACGUAUCCAGCCCAACAGUUGGAAUCUGAGCUGCAGAGUCCCUCUCAGACACAGCCCCUACAAGUGUCUCCAAGCCAGUCCUUCCGGGAUCCGUGCUUUGAUUGCGACAUUGCUGUUUACCACGGCAGGAUAGACCAGAGAGCUCCAGGCUUUCUGGCUUUCAAGCAACAGUAUUGUUUGUCUUGGGGGAACAUUGUCUGUCUUUUGGAACACACAGAAAAGCUUCUCAAGGACUACGCCGUACCUUUGGCUACGAUAAACUGUAAAAAGUUGGCAGAAGUUGCAUCAAGCUUUAAGCGUAGUGAGAAUCCCACCAAAACUGACAUUUUGUCAGUGAUAAAGAAUCAGUCAACCGUGGAAAAGAUCUUAAAUCGACCUGGCCAAAGAUACAAAGGCCAUGGGGGUACCGAAGUGGCUGCUGCAAAGAUCCAAGCGACGUGGCGAUGUUACCGGGCCAGAAAAGCCUCCGUCCGUUUCAGGCAGCAGCAGUGGGCAUCAGGUGUGAUCGCCAUUUCCUGGCUCGUGCAUAAGCACAUGGCACGUGUGAAAAAGACCCUGAAGGAAUCACGUCAGAGACACCUGGAGAAUUUUUACAUCAGGGCCAAGCAUCUGGCAGCCAACUGGAAUCGCAUCAGGACCUCCAGGAGGACUAUUAUCCAUAUCCCAUCAUUAGGAUACUCCCAGUGCGUCCGUGAGCAUAUUCCUGAUCUUGCUCUCCAGCAGAACAUGCAGAUGGGAAGGCUGUGUGACAUACUGGAUGCCAACGUGGACGUCAUCUACAUCUGCCCCCUUCAUCUGAGUGAGGAGUUACUGCAGUAUUACAAUAAACUCCUGGGUCUGCAGUCAGCUGUUAGAUCUGGGAACCCCGAGGACAUGAGUGACCUGCAGGACAGGUUCAAAAUUCUCACCCCUGAAGCUAUAAACAGCUUCCCUAAGCAUCACAUGUGCCUAGCCACUCAGCUCAAGUACAGUCCCAAGACAAUCGAAAGAAUCAAAAUCCUCAUCCAGAGCAGAGAUGCCUACAUUGUUGGAGGGGUUCCCCACAAAGACGAUUUAGCAGUGGCUGACAUGCUAAAUGUGCCUAUAUUAGGCUCGCUGCCAGAAGUGGCUCAUCUCUACAGUACCAAGUCUGGAAGUAAACACAUUUUUGCCAGUGCUGGUGUGCCAACCCCUCCUGGAGAAUGUGACAUCCACAGCAGUGAGCAGAUGAUUCGUGUUCUCAGCCAGCUGAUCGUGGACAACAUGGAAGUGCAGCGUUGGUUGUUUAAGAUGAACACCGAGGCUGGGGGAAGUGGCACUGCCUAUUGCGACGUUGUCUCACAUCUGAAGUGCUACCACUGGGUUCAAACGGAACGUCAGAGAUACAGCCCUGAGCAGUGGAGCAAGAAGGAGGCCCACGAGCCAGCUUUGGUGAAGAUCUCCCAGGAGCUGCCGGGCCUUUUAGCACAGCACGUACAGCCAGUCAAUGAGAAACGAUUCCCUACAUGGGAAAAAUUCCUCCAAACGUUUCUUAGUCAAGGUGGUGUGAUAGAAGCCUUCCCUCUCUCAGAAAACGCCACCAACCUCACGGUGGAUCUGCUGAUAGAGCCAACGGGCGAGGUCACCCUGGUGUCAUCUGGGGACCAGCUCCACGCUGACGGGCCCUUACGAUCGUCUGGCACCACCAUUCCCCAGUGCUCUGUUGACCCAGCAGUUCUUCAUUCACUCUGCUUCCAGAUUGGAGAGAGCUGUAAAUCCAAAGGAGUGCUUGGUUACCUCUCCGUUGAUUUCGUGACGUUCAUCCACCCACAGACGCUGGAGCAGCAGAUAUGGGCAACAGACCUUGACCUUUGCUACAGUGACCAGCUGGCCUUGACUCAGCUCAUGUUGUACCUGACAGAAGGAAAUCUGGGUGGUCGCUCCGGCUGCUUCCAAGGAUCUCUCGGUUCAAGGCAAAUGAAAAGCCAACGUAUUGAGCGUGAGGAGACACAAACUGUUUCCCCAAUAAGCAGCUGGUGUGCAGCAGCAAGCAGUCAACUGAGGCACUCCAGCCUUUCAGCAGUCACCUACAAUGUUCUGCUCCAGACAUGUAAAGCUCACGGGGUUGGAUUUGACCUCCAGGAAAAACAGGGCACGGUUUUUCUUUUGUAUGAUGACCAGAAGCGAUCCAGACUGGGGAUGCUAACAAUCGGAGAGGAUCUCCAGGGGGUCCUCCUGACCUUUGCUCGCAAUCUCUUCAUCAUCCAUCAAGAAAUAUCAGCACCUAAUAUGCAAGGCGAGACCAAUUUUAAGAUGGCAAUUCAAGAUAUUGAAGCAAUUCUAGGAAUUACAGCAGAAAACAAACUGAAAUUGGAAGAAGAGCAACCUUCGGAAGCAGAUGCUCCGAAAGAAUAGUUAACGGAAAAUGUUUAAGUGCCUUAUUCGUUCUGCUUCUGGAAAUGCUUUCUCAUCUGUAAGAACAGGUUUGGUUUUCCUUCUGCAUGGGCAUGUGAAGUAACAUUAACUGAGACAGUAACGUUUUCACCAUUUCUCGAGAAGAACAUCCCUUCUUUCACAAAAAUACACGGCUGAAAAGCAGAGGAUGUGAAAUGCCCCUGGUGCUCAUGCUGUUGUGCCUGAAGUACAGCAUCUGCUUAAAAAAAUCUUCUUAGCAGGGGUCACGCUGUCUUUAUCACUAGAUCAGAUGAGGAGAUCCAUUGAAGGGAGUCCUGUAACCCUAAAUUCCCUUUCAAACCUACUGUCCUCUAAAAUAGAGGCUUCUGAGAUAAAAGUAGGUCCAGUGUUCUGCCUAGAAAGAAAUACUCUUCAGUGCCAUAUUAUCAGUCAGGCCAGCAGCCCAGAGUCCUCUUCAGGACUGAUUGUCUCUAUUGCUAUCAUUCCACUAUUUCGUUACCUACAGAUUUUUGCAGCAGUUGUUUUUUGUUUUCAAGUGAUCAAAAAUAAGAGCAACAGCACUUCUGAGCAGACCAGUAGAAUCAUACAUGUAACAUGCAAUAGAACAAGAGGAAACGGCCUCAAGCUGCACCAGGGGAGGUUCGGGCUGGAUGUGAGGAGGAAUUUAUUUGCUGCCAGGGCUGUCAGGCAUUGGAACAGCUGCCCAGGGAGCUGCUGGAGUCACCGCCCCUGGAGGGGUUUCAGAGCUGGGUGGGUGUUGCACUGAGGGAAAUGGGCUGGUGGUUGGGACAGAGGCUGCACUCCACGAGCUUAAAGGUCUCUUCCAGCUGCAAUGACCCUAUGAUUCUACAUGUAUGAUGAUUCUCCAUAUUCCCAGUAUCUCAUGACUUUUGGAGAUCUGUCUGUCAGAUUCUGCAUUUCAAACCCUGGUCACUGGUUUUGUUUGCUGUGUGCUGUUAUGUUAAAGGACAACAGUUACAUUUGUACAAUUAUCCAUCAAACCUCUCAUAUCCCAACAGACUACAUACCCUAAAUGAAGGAAUAUCCUUCCUACAGAAGGAACUUCCACCUUCUCCAUUGGAUGGAUACUGCUUUCCCAAGCACAGCAAAUGUCUUUGAGGUUCAUUCCCACAAAGCUCAGGCAAAGCCAGUUUGUAAGAUAAAUACCAAAUGUGACCAUCAGUUGCAGCAGAUCACGGCUCAGUUUUUCCAACGCUGUCUUUGAUCUGUCUGCUUCCUCCAUUCUCUUUUGUGUUAGCCCUUUCUGUUUCACUCACAGAAUUGCACGUGAGCACCUCUGCAUCAAUGGCAAU